AUGGCAGUUGGAAAUUGUUCAAUGAAAAAUGUUUUAUUUAAUUUCACAAAUACGAUUCCUAUUUCAGGAUAUUAUGAAGAAGCGAUUCUCGAUUAUCUCUUAAAAGAAUCAGUUACUGAUACAAAUAAAUAUGCUUCAAAACCUUUAACAAUUAAAGAUUUGAAAGGCGAAAUUAUAAUUGAUACAGUAAUUUUUGAAAACAUUUCAUCAACGAAUAACGGCGGAGCUGUCUCAAUUUGCUGCUUCUCAUCUAAUAUACUCAUUACAAAUUGUAUGUUCGACCAAUGCACAUCGAAUAGUUUUACUCAAGAAACAAGUGGUGGAGCAAUUUAUAUUGUUGGUCAUAAUACUUAUUCGAAUUUAAGAAAUGUUUUAUCUACAAAUUGUCAGGCAGGUCGAUGCCAUUUCUGUUAUAUAUACUCGAACUAUUUGACUAGUUUAACAAGAACUACAGUUUGUAAAUGCGCUCCAGAUAACUAUAUUUCUGAUCCAGAUACAUUAUACAUUUUCUACGACAAUUUUUUCGAGUCAUGUAACAUAUCAAACAACUACAUGGGAUUAUACCUGAUUUAUUCAUUCGAGGAUAUAAAUUUCACCGAUUGCGUUAUAGCUUCUAACACAUUAGUUCAAGGGCAAUGUUAUAUAGUUGGAAUUGAAAUCAAGCUAGACAAAUGCAUCAUAUAUAAUAACACAUAUCAUGGUCCAGGAAAUGUAACAUUUAGUACAUUUCUAAUAUUCAAUAUUGAGUUUAAUGAUUGCUUUCAUUAA